CCGUCCAAAGUUCCCGGGACAGAGAUAAAGGCGCAGGACUUGCGCACAGCUCCAUCUUGCUGGCCAGGUGCAGGACGCAAUUGCUCAACGGCUCGUCCACCAACACAGCACGAGAGCGACUGCGUACCCGCAACUUCUGUUCCACAACGGCAAGACCAGGAUCUGUAUGGCGUUCUGAUGAAGUGGAAUAACAUGGAUCCCCUUCGGAGAAAAUCAAGCCGGAGGCUCACGUAGACUAAAAUGCCCAGCGACGUUUGAGGUAACCGUCCUACACGAAAUCAGGUUGGCGGUCCACAUUCCUUGGGUACACUCAGGUCACGGAUAUGUCAAACGAGACCGACUCACCUGCCAUGACUGAUAAGAAGCGCAAACAAGGCAGAACUGACCGGCGACACGAAGCGAAUAUGCGUCGGAAUUAAGGAGCGACAAUCUACUAGCGAACAAUAACACGAGGGAACACAGCUAUCCCAAGAUCCCAGAAGACCCACGUCGUCGGAGAAGGUUGAGCAACGUGAUGGUCAGGGGAGACACCAUCAAGGAGGGCUAUCCCCACGGAGAAAGCGCGGGUCUGCAGACAAUCCCUCGGAACCGCUACGCCCGACGAGGAAACUGAAGGAAGGGCAAGGAUCCUUCGAAGCGAAAGACAACAUGGAGAAGUCGGAGGAUUCGGCAAGACUGCGUAAAGCGAUGCACGACGCCAUCGACCAGAGAGACAUGGAUAAGGUAGAAAAAUGCCUGAAUGAUAACAAAGAGUUCAGGCAGUGGUUGAGCCCGGAGACUGGAAAGUCAGCACUGUAUAACGCGCUAGAGAAGGGAGAGCUACAGAUAUGCGCCUUUCUAGUGUCCCGUAAAUGCACGUUUAACGAAGAGAAAAAAGAGAAGGAAGAACAGUCAUUCAGUGUGCUCAAUCGCAUGCAGAACUCUGAAUAUCGUUACCAGCUGCGCUCGAUUGUGUACAAGCGCGAUCACAUUAAAUACCUCACAAGUAUUUCGGCUAGCAUGCCGAGCUGUGCUGUCUCUGAAACCGGAGUAGAAGAAAUUUAUCGAAAACUGGGCGAGACUCAGAUGGUGGACGUUAUUCUGCGGGUGGUUGCUACUACCCCGAGCCUAGAGGUCAUAUUCGACUUUGAUAAUCAAGACUUACGUUGCAUGCUGGGCCCAAAUUACGACACAACCUACGGUCUCACUUAUAUCGAAGGACAAAGAAUUUACGUUGGUGCAAACAAAACCAAAAAUGAGCUUCUAGGUACGGUCGCCCAUGAGUUCUGCCAUCUUGCAUUGGCGAUCGUGUACCUAAAUGGUGGAAAGCCGUACGGACGAGAUGACACCGAGCGCAGAAACCACUACGAACGCAUCCUGAGCGAGAUCAAGUCUAAGAGCGAACUUCAUGAUGUAAUAGCAAAAGCGUUUCAGCAUCCCGUUGUUGAAGAGAAAGAACUCGCGGUGCGAGUUCCGCACAUGCUUGCAAUGCAUUCCGAAGAAUGUGAAUCAGGAGAAGCGCUUCUGUUGGACCAGGUUCCUGAGCUUUUUAUGUUCUACAAGGAGUUUGUUAUUCCCGACAUGGAACUGUACACGAAGAAAAACUUUCCCGAAAACGAUAGACAGCAAAUAAGGGAACAAAAUCGAAGCUACGGAGCUACGGAGUUAGAACAGCUCGAAAUACAAUUUAAGACCAAAUUCGAUUUACCAGAUAAAUCACUUCUUGUUCUCACAGGAGCAAAGUUAUGCUUCCUCGCAGUGAGGAUUGACGAGGCACUCCGGACGAAAGGAGUGUCGUACGUACUCCUCGAGACUAAGCAGUGGGACAAUAAACUAUAUGAAGUAUUGUCGGAUAACAAGUGCCACUACGUCGUCCUUAAAUCCGACAAGGAAUUCGACAUGAAAAAAAGACUCCGAACUGAGGCGCAGGAAUUCUUGCAAGAACUAAAUAAAGUUAGGGGUACUAAAGUGAUCGUGCUAACCGAAAACGAUGAGCAGGACCAGUUUGCGAUGGAAAUUAAAGAGUGUUUCAAAGAUAACGCACAGGUCGCUCGCGCGUCCAAUUGCGGACUUGCCGAUGUAACGGAUGAAUGUAAAGACGCUGUUCUAAAAAAGUCCGCUCUCCUGCUCCAAGAAAGAAAACAAUAUUUUGACGACUUAACGACAUCAGGAGAUAAAAAUACGAGUGCGACAACAGUAGAACAGACUAGACGUGCAUUUUACAAACUCCUGGAAGAGACAGCGUUUCUAAAGCUGUGUCGAGACGGAGAGAUUGAGAUAGGACCCAAGCUGCGGUCCUUGGACGAAGAUAGCGCCACCUGCUACGUUGAACGGACAUGCAAAAGAGCCACUCGCGUGGACCUAAGCGGGGCGUUAACGAAUAUAACGAACGAAGCACUUGCCAUUGUGGGUUGCCGCGGCGAAGAACUUGACGCCUUGCUUCCUCCCGGUUUCCACGCCUGCCAUCACAGCCGAGUGGAACAGUUCGAGAGAUGUUUGCUUCUUGACAGUACGAGCGAUUGCGAUUCACUUGUGCAGUCCACUAUCUACGAAGGAAAGACAAUCCACGUAGUCCAGUACGAUUCACAAAGAAGAGAGUUUCACUGGGUCAAGUCUAAUGGUUCUCUGAAACAGCUGCUGCGGGUGGUGUCCGGAGCAAGCGAGAUUGGUCUCACAAACACUUUCCCUCUUGACAUUCCUGAUAAGGUCGCGGUGGUAUGUGGUGAUCCAGGAAUGGGAAAAAGUCUCGCGUCAUUGCGCAUGGCUCAAGAUAUAAAGACUCUCAAAGAAGCGACGUGGGUGCUAUAUGUGGACCUGCCGCAGAACGUUGGAUCUCUACCUGAAUGUGCCUCAAUGGACAUGUGCCAAGAGAGAGGGGAAAGCCUGCUAGCUGCGCUGUGUGGCCUCAAAGAGGCCACGUUCGAGUUCAACCUUCUCAAAUCAAGCAUUUCCACAGCCUGGCCCUUCACGGUUGUCGUUAUCUUUGAUGGAUUUGACGAAGUGGACGCCGAGAACCGUAAAUGUGUGAUAAAAUUAGUGCAUGCACUAAGGGCGACCAAGAUAUUGAAAGUAUUUGUGUUCAGUCGCAACUGCUGUAAGACCGAGUUGGAAGACAAGUUUCACACCAUAGCUUUCGAAAUCAAUGGUUUCAAGCAAGAGGAGCAACUGCAAUUUUUAAAACGACUUUGGAAACGAAAUGGUCCUGACAUCGAUGAACAAAAUCUAGAGUCAGUCGCGCGCGGGCUUUUAAACAGGUUUUGGUUACACGGAACGGACGGGAUCACUGAAAACCCGCUGUAUUUAAAAAUGAUUGCAGAAGUAGAUGAACUACGGCUCGAGUUGCUCGAUUGCAUCAGCAUUUUAUACGUCUAUGAGGAGUUCGUUGAAAAAAAGUUCAGAAUUUAUCUGAAGAAAACGACCCAGGAAAGCCCAAAACUUGCAGUUGCGAAGGAUAUUGAGGACGCUCUGAGAUCCGCAUUCUACAGGAGGCACCGUCUUCUUGCUCUCAAGGUCCUUUUCAACACAAAAUCGUUGAACGAUUUUCUAAAGAUAAGUGAGCUUGAAGAGUUGGAAGUCGCAAUCAAUUUGGUUGUCGAUGGCGGAGUUAAGCAGGGCAUCGUGGACGGGCACAACAACCACAUUCCUGUAUUUGUGCACAAUACUUUUGCCGAGUUUUUCGCAGCUCGUUUCUUUUUUGGAAAGAUAGUGGAUAAAGACAGUGAUGUUAUAAUAUUUGUCUCUGACAUGUACGGAAAGGAAGAUUACGACGGGAUUCUUAAAUUCUUAGACGCAUUUGGAGCGAAGCUCCACGCACUAAACCGCCAAGUCAUGAACAAUGAUUGGCAAAGUAUUGAAGAUGUCGCGCACCUGUCCUACGAAAAGGACGAGUUUUCAAGAUCGCCACUGCACAUAGCAGCUUUGUAUGCAAAUGAGAAUACACUAGCCACUGUUGCUAGGGUACAGGGCGAGGAAACGGCUGAGGAAUUGUUGAGGAAAGACCACCUUGGAAUGACGCCUUUAAUGUACGCAGACAGGAAGCGCGCCCUGCAAAGUCUGAAUCUAUUUUGCGCGCUGUGCAGCAAAAAAAUCGUCAACUUGACAAAUCAACUCCCUGUUGCCGUCGGAAACAUUAGAAAUGAAAGCGACUUUGCUUCUUCGGUGAUAGGUGAUGCUAUGCGGAUGGGUCUUACAGACCUCUUGAAGUGCCUUUUGAAAGAGUGUUGUGUGUGGAAAAACGCUGAAGAUUGGCUUACCUCGCACCCUCAAGAGACGAGACAUGGUCCGGUUACUGAGUUACCUGUACUUGUAGAUAUUGACCAGAUCACGUGCGAUCUGAAACACACGCCUAUCAUCCAUGCAACGUCGUAUGAAGUUUUCAAAUCCGUUUUGCCAUAUUCUUCCUUGGGAGUACAGCAGGAAAAAACGUGGGACAACAGCGAAUCACGGAGCACGGCGCCGAGCUCUGUGGUCAAAGUCAGCUACACACUCUUACAUAUGUACGCCGCGGUGGGAGCUCAGGAUUUGUGCAAAAACGUUCUGUGUCUGUUUCCGAGCGAUGCGUGUAACGCAAAUGGUCAGAAGCCGCUGCACGUGGGCACCAUUUCUCGUAAUUUGGACAUUGUCACCACCCUGAUUCCUCAUUCGACAACAGCAGGUGCACGUGACAAAUGCGGAAACACACCUUUGCACCUGGCAGUAGAUCUUAGUUCGUUGUUUGAACUAGAAUCGCUCUGUGAGUGGCAGCUUGCGCACACACUGUAUAAACAAUCAGCGACGCCGUCGGACAUUACUGAUUCAGAACUGAGGACAGAGGUAGCGAGAAGUGUUCUUCCUCACGUGGAUGUCACCACCCGUAAUUGCAAUGGCAACACAGCUUUGCACGAAUGUUCCUACAACGGUUUCUGGAGCUCGGUUAUGCUCCUGCUUCCCUUUUCAGACGCAAACGAGGCAAACGACGGUGGCCAGACGCCGUUUUUACGCAGCAUUUCUGAACGACCCUCCAGUUACGCUCUGAGUGCAGCGCUGUCACGAGGAGGUCAACGCGACACCAGCAAAGGGGAUAUCAAAGGGCUGAAGCUCCUGAUUCUCCAUUCACGCGUUGAUGUAACAGAUGGGGAAGGUAGAACAGCACUUCAUCACUGCGCUUUAAAUGGAAAGUUGCGCGCCACCCCACUGCUGGUUCCUCAUGUAUCAGCAAACGUCCAAGAGCGGAAAGAGCGGAAGCAUAAGAGCGGAAAGUGCGCGCUCCAGUAUGGAGCACUAAAUGGUGGACGUGAUAAUGUAAAAAUACUGCUUCCUAAUUCGUAUGCAAAUGCGAUAGAUGCCGCUAACGGGACACUCUCUCACACUCAUUUUGUGGGCGAAAGGGAGAGUGAAAGGCUGGUACUGAGAGCACCUCAGACAGCGUUACGGCAGUUUGCAGCCGGUAAUAUAACUGACAAAUACGGCGGCACUAGGCAUACUUAUUCCAACGAAAGAAACCGAAGCCUUUAUUUAAAAGUGGCUCGACUGUCGAAACAACUUGUUGGCAACAUGAAACAAGCGCCGCAACCAAGAGGCAGUGCUGAAAGCAGCACAAAGAGCAAUGUCUUCGGAAAGGACGACAUCGAAACUGCGGAACUUCUAUUGCUCUAUUCACUUGACAAAAGCAGUCAUGAAAUCGAUCGCGCUGCACUUCAUCUGUGCGCCGAUGAAGUGGGACGACUGGAUGUAAUGAAGAUCAUAUUUCCUCAUUUUCCCCCCAAUAUUACCGACAAAGGCGGUCUCACCUCCUUGCACGUGGCUGCCGCAACUGGACAUUUGAGUGUUGUCAACUUCUUGAUUUCGAGCGUACGCGACAACGCGCGGGAUAACUUUGGUAGGACUCCUCUCGCAUACAGCGCCUUCUAUGGCCAUAUUGCUGUCGGGAAGGUUCUCUUGCCCCUUACCUUGACUAACGCACCUGAUGUUGAUGGACGUAUUGCGAUGCAUUGUUGUGCGCAAGAGGGUUACACUGACAUUGUUGAAUUGCUUCUUCCUCAUUCAUCAGCUUCUACAAGUGACAAACAUGGAAUCACUCCACUGCAUCAUAGCGCAGCAAAAGUUGGUCUCGCAAAGGCAACGCAGGUGAUUCUCCCUCACUCAGAUGCACUCAUUCGGGAUGACGAUGGUGACAGCGCACUGUUCGCGAGCGCGUAUGGCCGUUGCUUCGAUGUGGCGAAAUUAUUGGUUCCUUACUCUGAGGUGAAUGCCAGGAAUCAAUGUGGGCAUACAGCACUCAUGUAUAAGCUAGCCCGUCUGCCGUCACAUCAACCCGGAGACGGUACACACGGGAACGGAAUUACAACAGAGGACAUCAAAAUUGUCAAACUUCUGUUGCUCUACUCAGAUGUCAAUAUCGCUUUUGAAGACCGUCGCACAGCACUUCAUCUGUGCGCCGGUAAAGUGGGACGACUGGAUGUAAUGAAGAUGAUAUUUGCUCAUUUUCCUGCCAAUAUUACCGACAAACGUGGUCUCACUUCCUUGCACGUGGCUGCCCUAACUGGACAUUUGAGUGUUGCCAAAUUCUUGAUUUCGAGAGUACGCGUCAACGCGCAGGAUAACUUUGGUAGGACUCCUCUCGCAUACAGCGCCUUGUAUGGCCAUAUUGCUGUCGGGAAGGUUCUCUUGCCCCUUACCUUGACUAACGCACAUGAUGUUGAUGGACGUAUUGCGAUGCAUUGUUGUGCGCAAGAGGGUUACACUGACAUUGUUGAAUUGCUUCUUCCUCAUUCAUCAGCUUCUACAAGUGACAAACAUGGAAUCACUCCACUGCAUCAUAGCGCAGCAAAAGUUGGUCUCGCAAAGGCAACGCAGGUGAUUCUCCCUCACUCAGAUGCACUCAUUCGGGAUGACGAUGGUGACAGCGCACUGUUCGCGAGCGCGUAUGGCCGUUGCUUCGAUGUGGCGAAAUUAUUGGUUCCUUACUCUGAGGUGAAUGCCAGGAAUCAAUGUGGGCAUACAGCACUCAUGUAUAAGCUAGCCCGUCUGCCGUCACAUCAACCCGGAGACGGUACACACGGGAACGGAAUUACAACAGAGGACAUCAAAAUUGUCAAACUUCUGUUGCUCUACUCAGAUGUCAAUAUCGCUUUUGAAGACCGUCGAACAGCACUUCAUCUGUGCGCCGGUAAAGUGGGACGACUGGAUGUAAUGAAGAUGAUAUUUGCUCAUUUUCCUGCCAAUAUUACCGACAAACGUGGUCUCACCUCCUUGCACGUGGCUGCCCUAACUGGACAUUUGAGUGUUGUCAACUUCUUGAUUUCGAGAGUACGCGUCAACGCGCAGGAUAACUUUGGUAGGACUCCUCUCGCAUACAGCGCCCUCCUUGGCCAUAUUGCUGUCGGGAAGGUUCUCUUGCCCCUUACCUUGACUAACGCACCUGGUGUUGUGGACGAACGUAUUGCGAUGCAUUGUUGUGCGCAAGAGGGUUACACUGACAUUGUUGAAUUGCUUCUUCCUCAUUCAUCAGCUUUUACAGGUGACAAACAUGGAUUAACUCCACUGCAUUUUAGCGUACUAAAAGUUGGUCUCGCAAAGGCAACGAAGGUGAUUCUCCCUCACUCAGAUGCACUCAUUCGGAACAGCCAUGGUGAGAGCGCUCUGUUAGUGAGCGCGUACGUAAAGCGCUGCGAUGCCCUGAUACUGAUGCUUCCGUAUUCGGACGUAAACGCCACGAAUAAGGCUGGCAUGACAUCACUCUCGUACAUUUUACGUAAAGACAUCCAGCAGGUCGGGGAGCAACAAACAAACGCUACCAGAAGCGGAGAGGAAAGCAGUGAGGUGGGUAUCGAGGAUAGCAUAGAGAAAGACAUCAAAAUGACUAAACUCCUACUGCUGCACUCAGAUGUCAAUGUUGCCGACAAUCAGAAACGGACUCUACUUCAUUUGAGCGUUGCUCUGGGAAGGCUGGAUUUAAUGAAACUAUCACUCCCUCAUUUCAACGUUCGUUCUCUCAGAUUCAAAACAAUACACGUGAAUGUAGAGGAGAUGCUAAGUCGUUGGGUUCAGAUAGAGUAGCGUACGACACAGUCCAGCCUCACUGAAGUUGUUCCCCGAUACCAUGACUGCAACCCAUUAGCGACGUUGUUCAACUGUUGAAUGCAACUGAGUGAUGCAGUUACCAAAUUGCGAAAGGUUUCUGUCGGCGUUUAAUGAACUAUGACGUCACAAAGAUGCGUCUGAGUGUGCGACAAUGCAAGUAACUAAAGGUUGCUCUACUUGUAGGCGAGAAACUCUUACUUUUCCCCCUGAAGUGUUGUGCGUUGAGCGCACCGAAGGAUAAGUUGUGUGUUUAAGGGAUAACCUGGCGUGUGGGAGGGAUAAGUUGUGUGGUUUGAGUACACCGAGGGGUAAGUCGUGUAAGGUGUAAAGCAGAGUGGAUACCUUUAUAUGUAUGUGUAUGUAUGUUCAAAGGAAAGAAAAAAGUAUAGUGCAUGAGCUACUGUACAUUCGAGAGGCUAUUGUAUUUUCAUGCUGCAUGUACAUAUAUUCCUAAGUAAAAUUUUGAUAUGUAUCGCAAUGUUAAUGUAGAUUCAUUAAAGUUGUUCAAUGGAAGUGU